AUGGAGGCUGACAUCGUGACCCCUGCUACGAUGGGAAGGGUCCAAAAGUGGAUCCAGAGCCUGCCAGAAGCCGGAAUACCAUCUAGAGAACUCGAGGCGCUGGUAGACACAGUCAAGCCAGCAGAGGCCCUCGAUGACUGGGAUGCCGCGGAAGUUGAGAUAUGCGAUAGUUGGAGUCUGAUGGCAGACGGCGCCCGCAGACGCAGAAUUGACAAGUGGAGAGCACUGUCGUCUGCAGUAGAUGUUCCUGCGAUUUGA